UCGCAGUUUUCCUUCUAUGAUCGUGAAAAAUAGGCGUCUUCUCGGAGUGAUCAAUGUCCUUAGUGCUUCGAAAAAGGAAAAAAUGAUUUUUUGAGAAAAAACGUGAUAUUCGUGAGUGUCAAAAAGUUUCCUGGCGCAGUUUGGCCAAGUUUGACGUAUGGCAAGAUGGUGGUUGACUGAUAGUGAAAAAUUUAGUGAUAACGCAAAUCGUCAGUGUUUUUAAGUCGUUUCUCAUUAAAUCCAUUAAAUUGACGAUCCGUGAAAAAGUGAGUAAUGCUGCGGAACCAAGAGCAGCGAAAAAACGUCAUAACCUCAAUAUAGGUUGCAGGCAUCGAUUCUUUAAAGAUGUCAUGAACGAAUGAUUUUUCCUGGAUAGCUUUGCAGUAUCAAAAAAGCCAACAAUGUCGAAUUGUGAAGAGGAAGCAGUAUCGUCUGGAUUUCAUCAGUUAAGCGUUACUAUUGAAGCGGCCGUACUGAGAAGUGCAUCCUUUCUGAAACCCAAUCCAUACAUCGAAUUUUCUGUGGACGACAAGAGUCCUCGGAAAACUGAAGUCGCAAAAUCGACAUAUCAGCCAAAGUGGAAUGAAGAGUUUACAGUGCUCGUAACUCCCCACUCGCAAUUGCAUUUUCGCCUUUUGGAUCACAGUACAUUCCGAAAAGACACACUAAUCGGAGAAAAGAGAUUAAGUCUCUUUCAAAUUUUGAGCCACUAUAAUGGAAAGCUCGAAAAUUUGGAAUUGACUCUCGACUUGAUUUCCGAGAGCAAGCAUGACUCGCAGUUGGCAAAGGUUGGCGAAUUGGUCACAUUAUUGGAUGGGUUGAAGAUUGAUAUGGCCAGUGUGAGUCCUCCAAAUUCUGGCGAUAUUAUGCGACAACCUCAGUGUCCCGUUUUGAACGGCAUGCCUCUGCCUCUUGGUUCUUCGAACAACGAUGCAGCGAAUAAUCGUAGUAUUCUAAACGGCGGAGUUCGUGCACGUUUAAGACUGCAAGGAACCGAAAAUGCCGCACCAGCCUCUAAUCCGCUGAUGAUGCAUCGAAGUUCCACAAAUCUUCAGACUCCAGCUUACGGUGCUGCUUCGGCGCAGACCGCUGUGGUGAAUUCCACCAGUCAAGCAGUCAGCGCCAGCAGUCCUGUUGCAGUCACCAAUGGAACAAGCAAUCACAAUUCCUCCGGGGCCAAUAAUGUUCCACCUGUCGCACAACCUGUCGUCGUCGUACCGGCAAAUCCACCUGGAGCAGCAGCGAGUGGUAGUCUGCCGUCCAAUGAAGUGGAGAAUGGCAACCAGGUCGCCGAGGAGCCACUUCCGGCUGGCUGGGAAAUGCGAUACGACGUUUACGGCAGGAGGUAUUAUGUGGAUCAUAAUACGCGCAGCACAUCCUGGGAGAGGCCGCAACCUUUGCCGCCCGGCUGGGAAGUCCGACGCGAUCCUCGAGGGCGGAUUUAUUAUGUCGAUCAUAAUACGAGGAGUACUACUUGGCAGAGGCCGAACACCGAGAGACUGCAGCACUUUCAGCACUGGCAGGGCGAGAGGCAGUAUGUCGUGCAGCAGGGAAAUCAGAGAUUUUUGUAUCCACAAGCGCAUGGGAGUAAUCCGAGUGCUGUGGCGGGGCCCUCGACCUCGACGGUCGACGAGGAUGACGCCCUGGGACCAUUGCCGGCUGGCUGGGAGAGGAGAAAACAGCCCGAGGGAAGGGUUUAUUAUGUUAAUCACAAAAAUCGGACGACUCAGUGGGAGGAUCCGCGAACGCAGGGCCAGGAGACGGGGAUGGAUGAGCCUCCGUUGCCGGAUGGAUGGGAAAUUCGUCUGACGGAGGAUGGUCAUCGAUAUUUUGUCGAUCAUAAUUCGAGAACGACGACAUUCCAGGAUCCACGACCGGGCGCUCCCAAGGGACCGAAAGGUGCCUAUCGAGUGCCAAGAGCUUAUGAGAGGUCCUUCCGCUGGAAACUCUCGCAGUUCCGCUUCUUAUGUCAAACAAAUGCAUUGCCGAAUCACAUAAAAAUUAGCGUUAGUCGACAAACCCUCUUUGAAGAUUCAUAUCAUCAAAUUAUGAACGCCGAGGCUUUUGCAUUAAGACGUAGAUUGUACAUUAUUUUUAAGGGUGAGGAAGGCUUAGACUACGGAGGAGUGUCGAGAGAGUGGUUCUUCUUAUUGAGUCACGAAGUACUGAAUCCAAUGUACUGCCUCUUUGAAUAUGCCAACAAGAGUAAUUACAGUUUACAAAUUAAUCCAGCCUCUUAUGUAAAUCCAGACCAUCUUCAAUAUUUCAAAUUCAUCGGCAGGUUUAUCGCAAUGGCGCUUUAUCAUGGACGAUUUAUCUACAGCGGAUUUACAAUGCCAUUUUACAAAAGAAUGCUAAAUAAAAAAUUAAUAAUGAAGGAUAUCGAAUCGAUUGAUCCCGAAUUUUACAAGUCCCUCGUCUGGAUAAAAGAGAACAAUAUCGACGAGUGUGGACUCGAAUUGUAUUACAGUGUUGAUUUUGAGAUUCUCGGACAAGUGAUACAUCACGAAUUGAAGGAAGGAGGUGACAAAAUUCGUGUCGUCGAAGACAAUAAAGAAGAGUACAUUAGAUUAAUGACCGAGUGGCGAAUGACUCGGGGAAUUGAAGAGCAGACCAAAGCCUUUUUGGAGGGAUUUAACUCGGUUGUUCCCCUCGAGUGGCUCAAAUAUUUUGAUGAACGAGAACUCGAACUGAUGUUGUGUGGAAUGCAGGAAAUUGAUGUCGAGGAUUGGCAGCGAAACACAAUCUACAGGCAUUAUACGAGAAAUAGUAAACAGGUGCUGUGGUUCUGGCAGUUCGUGAGGUCAACUGACAGUGAAAAGAGGGCGAGGCUUCUGCAGUUCGUCACUGGAACUUGUCGUGUUCCUGUUGGAGGAUUUGCGGAAUUAAUGGGGAGCAAUGGACCGCAGAGAUUUUGUAUAGAAAAAGUAGGAAAGGACACUUGGCUGCCACGGUCACACACGUGUUUUAACAGACUAGAUUUGCCACCCUACAAAAGUUACGACCAGAUGGUUGAGAAGCUUAAUUACGCUAUCGAAGAAACCGAGGGUUUCGGACAGGAGUGAUUUCUCUUGAUACACAACGUACUGAUUAUUUGAAAGCCAAACUCCCUAAAAAAUCUGUACAAAUAGAAAUCACAUGACUGUCGUUAAUAAUAACUGUAUACAAAUAGGGUAUCUAUCUAAUGUUUCUAGUGCGAAAUUUUUAGGUGUGCCGGAAACGUAUAGCACUGUUUGAUAGAAAGAGGCUUUUAUGUGAUUGAAUCGUUGAGUAGAUCCUUCUUAUAAAGAAAUUCUUUAAGUUAUAAAGAAAAACAAAUAUCGCGAAUGGUUCGAUUGUGUGAAAGUCCUUCCAAGUUUUCUGUGAGAGAUGUUACUUAAUAUCACGAAUCUUUGAAAGUGAGCUCCGCCUUUCAGAACUUUAUUUUUCGCGAGAUAAUAAUCUUCCCCUAGAGCGAUUUUAAUCUCUCGAAAUUCGAAAUGUGACUCCAGAGAUGGAUGGACUAAAUUGUUGCUGAUUUCAAAUAGAGGAAAUCUUCCAAAAGUUGAUAAUAAUUAAUUAAAAAUACUAAAGUACUUUGGAAAAUUGAUGAUUAUCGAAUCGAGGGAGAUUUUCUCUAUAGGUUGAUAUUUUUUUGUAAUACAUAAUUGAGUCUCUUUGUAAAAUUCCUCACGAUAUGAGUAUUGUAUAUAAUGAAAUUAUGUGACUCGUAUUUAUCAAGGGACGAUUUUAUGUACUGUCUGGAACAGUUUUCAAAGACAAGAUUGUAUAUUUAAGAUUCUUUGAAAAACUAUUUUUAAUACUUCUUUCUAGAUUCUCUCCUCUUUCGAAACUGUAUUCUUUUUUUCAGUUUCGUUUUUUUUUUCGGAUUCUAUGCUCAUUCUUAUACUCUUAGGAAAUAUUUCCGCCUUCGAAGAAUCUUAAAAAACACAAUCGUUUUUAUUGAACUUCGUGGAAGUGGUAAUUUUAUUUCAAUGAUUUACGAAGUUUUGUCACCUGCUAGUACCUGUACAGUAACAGUAAUUGCAACAAUUUUAUGAACAGGCAAGACUAGAGAGAUGAAGAGGGUGUUUAAAAAAAUCAGGGUGUCGGGAAAAUCGGGAUUUUUAUACAGAUAUCGGGAUUCUUUUGUCGAACUUAAUUAAUAUGAAAAUUAAAAAUGAUUUCAUAUAUUUUAUUAUUCUAGUUUUGACCCGGAACAGGGAAUUUUUAAAAAUAAUUAUAAUUCUGAGUUGGGAAAAGAUAUUUUUGUUAAGAAUUAUAGUUUCUACUUUGGGACAAGGAGUUUUAGUACAAAAAUAUAAUUUUUAAAAUUACAAUUUACGCCAAGAAUUAUAAUUUCGAUUUUGAAAAGCAGGGAAUUUUCUAAAAAAUCGCAAUUCUGAGAUAUAACCGGGAAUUUACGUAGAGAAUUAUAAUUAUUAUUUGAGGUUCAUUUUAGAACAGGAAAUUUCAAAUUUGGACAUUUGAAAUUUCGUUAAGAAUCAUAAUUUUACUUUGAACAGGGACUUUUAGAAAAGUAUUUUCUUUUUACAAUUUAAAAAAAAGGUGUUACUCUAUUUCCAAAUUGUAAUAGAUUUGGUAAAUGAAUAUAAUUUUGACUUGGAACAGGCAAUUUUGAACA